AUGACUCUUCAAUUUGAUGGUUGUGCUUAUUUUCGUCAACGUCUUGUAUUAUCAACACUUAGUUGUCAAUCAAUUAAAAUAAAAAAUAUUCGUUCACAAGAAAAUCAACCUGGACUACGCGAUUUUGAAGUCAGUCUAUUACAUUUAUUAGAAAAACUUACAAAUGGAAGUAAAGUAGAAAUCAAUGCCACAGGUACUUCACUUUAUUAUGCUCCCGGUGCAUUAAUUGGUGGAAGUAUCGAACAUGAAUGUUCAUUACAACGUAGUAUUGGUUAUUUUCUUGAAUUUGUUCUCUAUAUGGCACCAUUUAUGAAAACAGCACUUGAACUUCGAUUAAAAGGUGUAACUAAUGAUCGUGAUGAUCCUUCAGUUGACUUAAUCAAAUAUUCAGCGAUACCAAUUAUGAAACGAUUUCUUGGAUCAGACGAUGGUUUAGAAUUCAAAAUUAAUAAACGAGGUGCUAAACCAAAUGGUGGCGGUGAAAUUUUCUUUCGUUGUCCAACAAAAAUGAAAUUACGACCAUGUCAAUGGACGGAUGUUGGAAAAAUUAAAAGAAUUCGUGGUGUUGCAUAUGCUAUGCGUGUAUCACCAAGUAUAGCAAAUCGUUUAAUAGAAACAGCAAAAGGAUUAUUAUUAAAAUUUUUACCCGAUGUUUAUAUAUAUGUUGAUCAUCAAAAAGGAAUCAAUGCUGGUUUAUCACCUGGUUAUGGUUUAACAUUAGCUGCUGAAACAAAAAAUGGUACUGUAAUUUGUGCCGAAAGUUGUUCAAUACCACGAGCUGAAGAAGGUGAAACAACAACUAUAACAAUCCCAGAAGAAUUAGCUAAAGAAGCUGUUUUUAAACUUCUUGAUGAAAUAUAUAAAGCAGGUGUAGUUGAUUCAUUUGGUCAAUCAUUAAUUUUUCAUUAUAUGGCAUUAAAUCAAGCAGAUGUAUCAAAAGUUAUAACAGGUCCACUUAAUUCUUAUUCAAUGCAAUAUCUUCGAUAUUUAAAACAAUUCUUUCAAAUAAUGUUUAAAAUCGAAAAUGCAAAAGAAUUACCGAAAAAUGUCACUGAAAAAAUGGAAGAAGAAACAAAUGAAUCAGAUGAAGAAAAAAACGAUGACGAUGAUACUGAUGAUGAUGAUGAAUUAAAAACUGGUAGUCCAAAAAUUCUUCUUACUGCUAUAGGAAUUGGCUAUCAUAAUUUAACAAAAACUUUGAUUUAA